AGAAAACUAAACUAAAGAAAAAAAAAACAACAAUGGGAAGCUGUGAGGGUCAAGAAACACAUGUCCUAAUGGUUACACUAGCCUUCCAAGGUCACAUCAAUCCAAUGCUCAAACUCGCCAAACAUCUCUCGUCAUUAUCAAAGAAUCUACACUUCACUAUCGCCACUAUCGAGCCAGCCCGUGACCGCCUCUCAGCCGCCGCCACCUCAGAAAAAUUUCCGGUGGACCUUGUGUUCUUCUCCGAUGGUCUGCCUAAAGAUGAUCCAAGAGACCCCGCCACUCUCUUGAAGGCACUUAAUGAAGUUGGAGCCAAGAACUUGUCUGAAAUCAUCGAAGAGAAGAGAUACUCUUGUAUCAUCUCUGUGCCUUUUACUCCAUGGGUUCCAGCUGUUGCAGCUUCUCAUGACAUCCCUUGUGCAAUCCUAUGGAUACAAGCUUGUGGAGCUUACUCGGUUUAUUACCGUUACUACAUGAAGACGAACUCUUUCCCUGAUCUUGAAGAUCUGAAUCAGACGGUGGAGCUACCAGCUUUACCGUUGCUUGAAGUUAGAGAUCUUCCUUCGUUUAUGUUACCCUCUGAUGGAGCUCACUUCAACAAUCUCAUGGCGGAUUUUGCUGAUUGCUUGAGGUAUGUGAAAUGGGUUUUGGUUAAUUCGUUCUAUGAACUUGAAUCAGACAUAAUCAAAUCUAUGUCUGAUUUGAAACCUGUAAUCCCUAUUGGUCCUCUUGUUUCUCCAUUUCUGUUGGGAGUUGAUGAGGACGAAACCCUAGAUGGUAAAAACCUAGAUUUGUGGAAAUCUGAUGAUUGUUGUAUGGAGUGGCUUGACAAGCAAGCUAGGUCUUCGGUUGUGUACAUUUCUUUUGGAAGCAUGCUUGAAUCAUUGGAGAAUCAGGUUGAGGCCAUAGCGCAGGCGCUGAAGAACAGAGGAGUUCCGUUUCUCUGGGUGAUAAGACCAAAGGAGAAAGCUCAAAACGUUGAAGUUUUGCAAGAGAUGGUUCAAGAAGGUCAAGGAGUUGUUAUCGACUGGGGUCAACAAGAGAAGAUACUGAGCCACGAGGCGAUCUCUUGUUUCUUAACGCAUUGUGGUUGGAACUCGACGAUAGAGACGGUCGUGGCUGGUGUUCCAGUGGUGGCGUAUCCGAACUGGACUGAUCAGCCUAUUGACGCAAGGUUGCUGGUUGAUGUGUUUGGAAUUGGAGUAAGGAUGAGGAAUGACGCUAUCGAUGGUGAGCUUAAGGUCGAGGAAGUGGAAAGGUGCAUUGAGGCCGUGACAGAAGGACCAGGUGCGAAGGAUAUGAGGAGGAGAGUGGCGGAGUUGAAGGAUGUCGCGAGGUCAGCGUUGGCACCUGGUGGCUCUUCGGUUAUGAAUUUGGAGUCGUUCAUCAGUGAUAUCACAACCACCUGACUCUAGUUACUUGCAUUGUUUGUCGAUUUAUUGUAACUUUGCAUCUGUCCUAAUAAAAACUAGUAUAAGCAGCUUAUAUAAGAGCAUAGAGAUGCAUAUAAAUUAUCAACUAUGAGGAUGUUAUUGGUUUGUGAUUAAAAUGAAGUUUAUAAAGACUCUUAAAAUUGUGUAGAAAACAAAUAAUUAAAAGUAAAGUUUAAUGA